ACCAUUUCCGGUAGGUGGGGCUUAAAGCUAUCUGCAAAAUAGUCCAUGAGCCACCRAAGUACUUGCAUCUCUCACUCACCGUGGAAAGAUGACCUAUCAGGAAGACAACAAAGACGGAGGAACAGAAAACCACUGCAAAGCAAAUCCAAAGCUCAAGCCAGAGAGGUGGAGGAGGAAGAAGAAGAGCAGCUGAAAGAAACGGUGCCCAGAGGGACCUGCCAGACCAUGUGCCCUGCUCAAGAGCUACGAGACCGAGAGGCACAGAACCGGCUUCAUCGCUUUGAAAUAUUACCAGGCWCAGAGAGAAACCGAAAGCCAAGAGGAGACCCUUUGCGCGCUGUCAAGGAGUACUCCAGACCAGCAGCUGGGAAAGACGUGACGAAGCCCGCUGACCUCCGACCACCGGACGUGUUGCUGAAAACUGUUUGUUAUCUUAUUGAUGACAUUGCAUCCUCUCCUAGCCUGCACCCAUGGACUGAGGAGGAAGAGUUGGGUGAGACCGUGGAUCAGGAGGUAUACAGCUUUGUCUUUGAUCGACUGCGCAGUGUGAAGCAGGAUAUGAUCGUCCAGAGGUUGUCCGGAUUGGACUGUGUGGCCAUAUUAGAGCGGACCGUGCGUCUCCUCAUCUAUGCUUCUUAUCGUCUUUGUGGCGAACCCCUGCGGCUCUACGACCCACGCAUCAACGAUACACACCUGCAGGAAUACCUGAGCUGGCUGCUGGACUGCUACACAACUGGGCCAGGGCCCUACCCGAACCAGGAGGAGUUUCAGGCUCUUGGCUUGCUGUACAACUUAGGUUCAUCUCGUGCCACGCAGCACGUCGUCCGACUCCGCAGCGCUCCGUCCGUCACGCUGGCGCUCGCCAUCAAUCGAUGUUUCCUCGACAGAAACCCUGUCCGCUUGCUGCGAUUGGCCCGGAGGCUGAACUUCCUGCAGGCCUGCGCGCUGCACCGGCACCUAGCGGCGUGCCGUCGAGACCUGCUGCUGAUCUACAGCCACGGGUUCAGCAGCCGCAACUGCCGCUUCCCUCUGGAGCGACUGGCUCAGGUCCUGGCCUUAGACCCGCCRCUGACAGCGCAGCUUUGUCGGACGUACGGCGUGGAGGUCAAUCAGCACGACCAAGUGGUUUUCACAAAAGCUGCUUUCACUGAAGCUGAAGGGAGGUUUCAGUGCAAAGCGUAUCACAGCAUCGUGUCUGAGAAACAGAAAGACCUCACAAUUCAGAGCAUUAUUCAUGACUGCAUUUAAGAGACGCGUGAAUCCUGCUUCUUUACCAGCAGCCUGUUUAAACUACAGGAUAAUUAUGAGUCUGAGAUUUUGCAGCGUUCUACAUGUUUUACAUUUAAAACAGAUGAUCUUACAUUUAGGUUAUAAAUAAACCCUUCAAGCUGUGAACUGGUUUUAUAUUCAUUGUGUUCAUUGGUUAUAUUGUUAUGAAUGAUUUCACUGUUAAUCAAUAAAGGUUUUGGCAUGUUUUACUGUAAAGUCAAGUAUAAACUUAUGACAAACUUCAGGGUGAAUAAGACUUGCUGAUGAAAGCAAAGAACUGAAACAUGUCGACUUUGUUGCCUUUCAAAAUAAGGGAAAAAAAACAAUCAUUUCACUUUUUUCAGCACAGUUUAAAGUUUUGUUACUGCCAUGUUUCUGUGAAGUAUUUAAAAAUGUAGAUUUUACUGCUCAGCGGUUUUCCUCUACAAGUCAGGAUGACGAGCUCUGUUUUUUUUUUUCAGGAUGUUUUUGUGUUUAACCCUUCUGCUUUGGCGUCUAAUAGAGCUGUAUCUUUAUGAAAAAUUUUUCUAUGUAAAUUGUUGCUUAUUUUCUACUUUAUAAUUUCAUGUUUCUUUCCUUUUAUUGUAUUGUAGUUGAUGUAAAGCAGUAACUUUGGUUUCAAAAGGUGCAAAAUAAACAGCAUUUUCUGCAAAAAUACA